UGAAACAUUCUUUUUGAUUAGAACGCAUCAAAUGUGGUGCGUGUGCGUGGAGUGGAAAGUCAUCAAAUUAGUAAAUUGACUAAAAAUACUAGUAAAUUAUUAAAAACUUCAAAGUUUAACAUUCAAGAUGCCAGUAGCUGAUGACAUCCAGUCCUCGUGGGCCGAUGAGGUUGAAAUCGAUCAGGGUGCCCUGCCGCCACCAUCGGAAGUUGUUGAAAAUGGGCUGAAAAUUGUAACAGAAUACAAAUAUGAUAAUGAUAACAAGAAGGUCAAGAUUGUCCGUACAUAUAAAAUCGAGAAGCGUGUAGUUUCAAAGAGUAUUGCCAAACGUAAAACAUGGAGUAAGUUUGGUGAUUCUGCAAGUGACAAGCCUGGCCCGAAUCCAGCCACCACCAAUGUAGCUGAAGAUGUUUUCAUGCAGUUCAUCACCAGCAAAGAGGAGAGUACGCGUCCUGACGAUGGAGAUCUUGAUGGUCUUAAGCCUCAAACCAGCAGUGUGAUCUUCAAGUGUCGAACGUGCCAGGGUGAGCACUGGACCCUCAGUUGCCCGUUCAAGCAUACCCAGCUGGCACAGGCUAAGGCUCAGGAAGCUGCUAAAUCUGCCGACUCAAAAGCAGCACCUAGCAACAAGUACGUGGCGCCGUACCUCCGCGACGGCGGCGCUGGACGCGGCACGGGUCGUGAGCCUCCGGGCGCACGCCGUGACGAUGUUGCCGCCAUCCGCAUCUCUAACCUUAGCAACUUUGCUGUCGAAACAGACUUGGAAGAUUUGGUUAAAGGCUUUGGCCCUGUUCAGAAGCUUUACCUUGCUAAGGAAAAGAGUACCGGUCACUGCAAAGGUUUUGCCUAUGUGCACUUCAAGUUCCGUGCUGAUGCUGCCAAGGCUAUCCAGAUCCUCAACGGCCAUGGUUUUGACCAUCUGAUCCUGAAUGUUGAGUGGUCUAAGCCUCCACAGAACAACUAAACAUACAUUUCCAUAUUUUGCUUAUUGUAUACAGUUAUAAUUUGUUUCAAGUAACCAAUAAAAGUGACUUAUAAUUA